GUUCUUUUGAAUCUUGGUAACGGUGGAGUGAUGUUGCAGCCUUGGAGGAACUUGCCUACCCUCUCAGAAGUGCAUCUCCCUUCCUGCUGCUGCCAUGACUGCUGCACUCUUAGGGGAAUGAAGAAAAGGUAGCCCUGAUCCAAAGGCUAUGUUUGGAUGUGGGAAUCAUAGGACCCCUUCUUGGACCAAAAGUUGCCAUUUCCAUCUUUGAAAAGAUGCAAGCACAAGAGAUCCUAAGGAACCUGCGACUUCCAGAGUUUGAAGAUUUCAGCCAGUUUUUCCGAAGUUUGCCUGCUACCACUUUGGUCGGCAUUGGUGCCUUUGCAGCCGUUGUUGCAUAUUGGCUGGCUAGCCGGCCCAAAGCAGUGAAACCACCAUGUGACCUCCAGAUGCAAUCAGAAGAAGUUGAGGGCUGGAAUGGUGCACGAAGAUCUGUAAUUGGUGACAGCUCACAAUUGCUAACUCACUACUAUGAUGAUGCAAGAACCAUGUAUGAGGUUUUUAGGAGGGGGUUUAAUAUAUCUGAAAACGGACCUUGUUUAGGAUUCAGGAAACCCAAACAGCCUUACCAAUGGCUGUCCUAUAAAGAGGUUGCUGAGAGAGCAGAAGCAUUGGGAUCAGGCUUACUCCAAAAAGGGUGUAAGCCAUCAACAAGUCAGUUUAUUGGAGUCUUUGCCCAAAACCGGCCAGAGUGGAUCAUUUCUGAGCUGGCUUGCUAUACCUAUUCUAUGGUUGUCGUUCCACUGUAUGAUACAUUAGGCCCUGGAGCCAUUCGUUAUAUUAUCAACACAGCUGAUAUUGCGAUAGUAGUUUGUGACAAACCCGAAAAAGCCAGAGUCUUAUUAGAACAUGUAGAGAAAAAAGAAACACCAGGCUUGAAAUUCAUUAUUUUGAUGGACCCAUUCGAGAAGGAUCUUAAAGGAAGAGGAGAACAGUGUGGAGUCCAAAUCCAGGCUAUGCAGGAAGUAGAGGACUGUGGUCGAGAAUGCUGGCAUGCUCCUGUUCCACCUCGACCAGAAGAUUUAUCAAUUGUAUGCUUUACUAGUGGCACUACAGGUAACCCUAAAGGAGCAAUGCUGACACAUGGGAAUGUGGUUGCUGAUUUUUCAGGUUUUUUGAAAGUAACAGAGAAAGUGAUCUUUCCGAAACAGGACGAUGUGCUCAUCUCCUUCCUGCCUUUGGCUCACAUGUUUGAAAGAGUGAUACAGUCUGUAGUGUAUUGCCAUGGGGGCCGAAUUGGGUUCUUCCAAGGGGACAUUCGCUUGCUGUCCGAUGAUAUGAAAGCAUUGCGCCCAACCAUCUUCCCUGUUGUGCCAAGGCUGCUAAACAGAAUGUAUGAUAAGAUCUUCAGCCAAGCAGACACCCCACUAAAACGCUGGCUGCUGGAAUUUGCUGCCAAGCGUAAAAAGGCGGAAGUUCAAAGCGGGAUCAUUAGGAAUGACAGUCUGUGGGAUAAACUGUUCUUCAAUAAAAUACAGGCAAGCCUGGGUGGUUGUGUUAGGAUGAUUGUCACUGGAGCUGCUCCUGCUUCUCCUACUGUCUUGGGUUUCCUUCGAGCAGCCUUAGGAUGUCAGGUUUAUGAAGGCUAUGGUCAAACUGAAUGUACAGCUGGAUGUACCUUUACCACUCCAGGAGACUGGACAUCAGGUCAUGUAGGAGCACCUUUGCCCUGUAAUCUAAUCAAGCUGGUGGAUGUAGAAGAACUGAAUUAUUUUUCUUCCAAAGGGGAAGGCGAGAUUUGUGUGAAAGGUCCAAAUGUUUUUAAGGGCUACCUGAAGGAUGAUGAGAGAACCGCUGAAGCCUUAGACAAGGAGGGAUGGCUUCAUACAGGGGACGUCGGGAAGUGGUUAUCUAAUGGUACGCUAAAAAUCAUUGAUCGAAAGAAGCAUAUAUUUAAAUUGGCUCAGGGAGAAUACAUUGCACCAGAAAAAAUUGAAAAUAUCUACAUUCGUAGUGAACCUGUCUCCCAGAUAUAUGUGCAUGGAGAUAGUUUACAGGCCUUUUUGGUGGGAAUUGUUGUGCCUGACACUGAAAUCAUGCCAGGCUGGGCCAAGAAGAAGGGCUUUGAUGGAACUUUUGCAGACCUUUGUAAAAAUGCAGAACUGAAAAAAGCAAUAAUGGAAGACAUGGUCCAGUUAGGGAAAGAGAGUGGACUUCAUUCAUUUGAACAGGUUAAAGCUGUAUAUAUCCACUCUGAAAUGUUCUCUGUACAAAAUGGCUUAUUAACACCUACACUAAAAGCUAAGAGACCAGAGCUAAGAGAAUACUUCAAGAAACAGAUAGAAGAGCUUUAUUCAAGCAUCUCCAUCUGAUAGCAGGGGAAGGUUCUUCAGAAUAACGUACUCUGUAGCAAUAUUAGGAUAAUGCUGGAAAGUGAAAAGAAUGCAGUUGAAAUGAAUAAGCAUCUGACCUUCCACAUGAGCCUUCUGUUGUCUGAAGACACUAUCACUGAGUAAUUCCAUUGCCAUCUAGUUUUAGUUCCUCUUGUAAUGGAUGCUCUAGAAGAAUGCUUGAAAUGCACUGGACUACAAGAAUUAAGCUGUUUUAAAUUCUACCCCUUCUGAAAGACAUCUUUGUUAUUAAAUGCUUUCAAAAUUUACUUUGCAAACAAAAAGGAAA